GUGUAAUGUGGUGUAAUUCUGGAGAGUUUGGGUGUAAUUUUGCCAAAAGCAAUUGGCAACACUGGUUCGACGUUUUAUGUUGUUGCGAAGCUACCAUUAGGAGCCUACUAACAAGAACACUAUUAAAUUAAUAGUAUUAAUAUAAUGUUCUUUGCUACUAAAGUAAUUUAAGUAAAAAUGCAAGAAUUAGAGGAUGGUGAGAUAUCCACAGACUCGGAUAAUGCGUAUACGCCGUUGGAAAGGCCUGCAAAUUAUUCACAAAUACAACUGGCUAAUAGAUUUCCAGUGAUUUUACCAGAUACUGAUAGUGAGGAGGAGUUUAGUGAUUCUGAUAGUGAUUCAGAUGUGCCAUCAAAAAAAGUAAAAAUAAGAAAACCAAAAUUAAAAAUAAAACCUGUGCAAAGGCAUCUGACUAAAAAAAAGUAUGAUAUAUGGAGUUCCCGUAUUAAAGAUGAUAAUUUAUCAGAAACAUUGAAUAACUGCGAUGUUAGCGUAAAAGAUAAAUCUAGAAGUGUUGAAAACUAUGAUUAUAAAUUGGCUUUAAGAAUGCGUGAGGAAAGAGAAGACCAGAUCUUAGAGAAUAGGAAAAACAAUAAACGUACAAGGGAUGACAGAAGUAAUGUGUUUUUAAGGCAAAUACAAAGAUCUAAAAGUAGAGAAAAGGUUUCAGGGACACCAAGGAAAAUCUUGGAUUUAACUGUGAAAGUAACAGAUUCCCCAGAAGAUAUUGCUAAAGAUAUUGCUAAUAAAUUAUUGGAAGAAAAAGAGGAGUUAAUUUUAAAAGUUGUAAAUACUAUGGGCAAAGAAAAAGCAUUUGAGUUUUUUAAUGAAACCAAAAAAAUGGAACUUAAAGGUGGAAUGUUAACAAUGAAUGAAACAAGAAGAAGGACCCCAGGUGGAGUUUUUUUAUACUUUGUAAGAAAUGAUUACCAUAUAACUUUAGAUCAAAAAAUGGCAAUUUUUGGUGAUGACAGACAAGCCUUCAGAAAAGAACAAAAGCAAAAAAAGAAAGAAAAACAUAACAAACUAAGGUUGGAAAUUGCUGCUUCACGUAAUAAAAUUAUACCAGACCUGCUGACAAGAGCUGAAUUGCUGGCCUCUCAGGCAAAUCGUGAUAGGAGGGAAACUGAACAUUUAGAGGACCUAAUAAACCCUGUUAACCCCCCUCCAACCCCUGAAACAGAUGGCCAUGAAAAUAGUGGUGAUGGAUUGGACAGUGGUAAAACUGAGGUUAUUAGUGUAGAGGAGAGUAGGCAAGUAGUCGAGGCCUAUGAUGAUGAUUUUCUUGAUAUUGGGUUAUCAAAUGACAUGGAUUUGUUUUAGAUUUUUAAGUCUUUACAGUAUAUUAUACAAAAUAAAAUAGUAUUUUGAAGCACAUUUUUUUUAUUUUUACACUAUACCAUGUCCAUCAUC